UAACGCAUAAGUUAUCAUAACUCCGUGGGUAUAAUUCCGUGCCUGCAUGUACAAUAGCAUCGCUGAUUGAAUCUACGCCCGUGAUCGACGAGAGGUGUCUAGCCAAAACGACGAAAUUAUUUUACCAAUCAUCUCUCCUUAUUUUAAAUCAAAGUCCACAAUUACUCUUAAAUCAACGUCAUGGCCCCGUCAAAUAAGGUAGAAAAAGUAGACGAGAAUUUGGCAAAACUGCAAGAAAAGUACGGUUUUGUAAGACCGGAGCGUGGGAUCGAUUCCUACCCGGAAGGAACGAGUUGGCGGGAAGGAAAGCCUGACUAUCGUCUGGCCGAUCUGACCUUCUUCCAAGGUAAAACCAAGAACCAUUUGGUUGGAUCUCUGGAAUAUAUUGUGGAGAAUCUCGUGAAGAAAUGGGAGAUGGAGAUGACACACCUCGGUGAUAAGAAAGACUGGAUGACAAUUGACCCUCGAGAAUAUAAUGUCAGCAUGAACGGUGGGAAGGAUAAAAAUGGUUUCACCGCCGCAGUCAAAGGAACGUACAACUGGUUGCUUGCGGACGUCUCGAAAGAACUCUACAACGCAUCGGAGCACACCUUCGAGACAUCCCACAAGAUCUUCAGAGGAGCCUUUGAGAAGGGCUUCCCCUGGGAAGUUCUGGAGGUGUUCUCUGGUCCACCGAGGGUGGCCUUCACGUGGAGGCACUGGGGAAACUUCACUGGGACCUACGAGGAACGGAAGGGUUCCGGAGAAGUCAUCGAGCUCUAUGGCUUCACCAUCGCGACUGUGAACGAAGAGCUCAAGAUCCAGAAGUUGGAGGUGUACUUCAAGACCGAUGGGUUCCUCGAAGCUCUUCAGGGAAAACGUGAUCCAAAUGAACUAGCAAGGGGCAAAGAGAUGAUUGGUUCCUGCUGCCCUUUCAUUAAGUCUAACAGCGAGAAUUAAUUGGUUUAAAAUUACUGCAAGAUGGCAAGCUCUAUCUGUUCAGAGCUGAUCUUUGCAUCACAUCGGGUUAUCGCGUCGGGUCGGCGGGCAAUCGCGAGACCCGACCAUGCAACCAUUCGAGAAAAUGGCACCCUAAAUUUCCGAAAGGUUGGGUCCAGUUUACCCGAUUGUCUAGUGUGUAAAUUAUAGCAAAAUUAUCAAAAACUCGGGUAAACUGGCCGGUUUCGGGAAUUUCGGCCGGUAGCCCACAUAGCUUUUUCUCGAAUGUUCAGGUAUACGCCCGACCAGAUGCAACAACCCGAUAUGAUGACACAAGCCGUUCAGAGAGAAUUUGAUUGAACGGUUUGAAAUUACAUUAUGUUCUACAUUUCAUAACUCAUACUUUUCAAACAUUUAUCAAAAUAUGCAAAACAUCACUCGUAUGACCUCAAGAUGUAAUAAUGAUAUAAUGAUAUACCAUAUAUAACUAACAUUUUAAUCAUUGAUGGGAAAAACAAACCAAAUAUGUGUGUGGUGAUGGUAACUGGUUAUUAUUUUUUCAUUUUUAGAACAAGGGAGUAGCUAUAUGAUAAACUGUGAUCCCAUGCUAAAGUUCAUAAUCUAAAUAAUUGUGGUGAUUCGAGCGAACGUUGAAGAAAAGCAUAUUUCAUAAUACUAACGUUUCUGCAUAUCACUAUUCGAAUUAUACUGCCAAUAUAAUUGUUUUCGAUGGUUUUGUAUCUGUACAUUAUGGGAUCUGGUAUUUUAGAAGAGUAAUCUUGUUUCAUUUCACAUCUUCCAACUCGUAUUCA